AUGAGCCAAGCCAAUGCUACUGGUUUAGCAGGCUUUAUGGAUGGUGGGAAUGCGACGAAGGCGGUAUAUAUGGGUGUGGACACCACGAGUGAGACACCUCAGGGAAGAAGUAGCGUCCGAGUGCAGAGUAUGAAGAGCUACCAGCAUGCGCUUGUGAUUGCAGAUAUUGUCCACAUGCCUGGAUCUGUGUGUGGUACGUGGCCUGCUUUCUGGAUGGUUGGGGAGGACUGGCCUAACAAUGGCGAAAUCGAUAUAGUAGAAGGUGUCAACGAUCAAACCUCCAAUCAGAUGACUCUACAUACGAGCGCUGGCGCGAGUAUCUCCAAGAGUAGCCACCACACACAUCCAGGCAAGGACGGCAGCAACGGCAAGACCCCAUCACAGCAAUCCCGCCUCUUCACCGGCAAAGUCCUCACCUCAAACUGCGAUGUCAAUGCACCCGACCAGUCCAGGAAUGCAGGCUGCGCUAUCGCCGACAACACGAGCCUCACAUUCGGAGCCGACUUCAACACCAACGGCGGUGGCGUUUACGCGACAGAAUGGACCAGCUCCUUCAUCAAGAUCUGGUUCUUCCCUCGCGGCUCCUUUCCCUCCGAUGUUGCCCCUGCGUCACCCUCGCCGAGCGAGAACUGGGGCCCACCGACGAGUAUGUUCACUGGUGACUUCGAUAUGGAUCAGUACUUCAAGAACCUCAGUAUAGUGUUUGAUACAACUUUUUGUGGGGACUGGGCAGGAAACACGUGGAAGCAGAGUAGUUGUGCGUCGUUGGCGCCGACGUGUGAGGAGUAUGUUAGUAAGAACCCGGCAGCGUUUAUUGAGGCUUACUGGGCUGUGAAUACUUUGCAGGUAUUCCAGGAUGAUGGGAAACUAGGUCGUGGUGCUGGUGGUAAUGGGACAGAGGUGAGACCGGGCGGGCCACCGAGGGCUGCAGGAGCUGCAGGUACAGCAGCCUUGGCUAAUGGCAGUUUCAUCAAAAGUGCUGCGAUCGCACAUUCAAAGAAGUCUGAGUUCCAGCCACGAAGGCGUAGUGGCGGUGCUGUGCUUAGGAGAUGA